GCGCGCGCCCCGCGGCUCCAGCCCGGCGUUUGGAGCCGCUUUCGUUGCCACGGUGUGCUCUCCCGAGCCGCCGCCGCGUCCCCGAGGCUGGGGGCUUUGCCUGCUGGGCCCGCACCCCUCGCCCCGAACCAGGAGAACGAGCUCGAGGAGGAUGCCUGGGCCCGUCCCGCGCGGUCCUGGGUGAGACAGUCCGCGCGCCUGCCGGCGCCAUGGGAAGGAGCGGGCGCCGCUGCUGCCCCCCGCCGGCGUGCGCACGACUUGAGCCCAGCCGCGGGCAGCCCCCGGCCGCGGGCCCCCAAGUGACGCUGGCGGCACCUGGGAGCGUGGCGCGGGCCCGAGGCCACGCAGAGGAGCGCAGUGUCCAGUGAAGCAGCCGAGGACCCGCCGCCCGCGCCGCCGCCAUGGUUAUGUCCCAGGGGACCUACACGUUUCUCACGUGCUUCGCCGGCUUCUGGCUCAUCUGGGGGCUCAUCGUUCUGCUCUGCUGCUUCUGCAGCUUUCUGCGCCGCCGCCUUAAACGGCGCCAGGAGGAGCGACUGCGUGAGCAGAACCUGCGCGCCCUCGAGCUGGAGCCCCUCGAGCUCGAGGGCAGCCUGGCCGGGAGCCCCCCAGGCCUAGCGCCACCGCCACCACCGCACCGCGCCCGCCUGGAGGCGCCGGGGCACGCGCACGUACACGUGCACCCGCACCCACUGCUGCACCACGGGCCCGCGCAGCCGCACGCCCACGUGCACCCACACCACCACGCGCUUCCGCACCCACCGCCGCCGCACCUCUCCGUGCCGCCGCGGCCCUGGAGCUACCCGCGCCAAGCGGAAUCGGACAUGUCUAAGCCACCGUGCUACGAAGAGGCGGUGUUGAUGGCCGAGCCGCCACCGCCCUACAACGAGGUGCUCACGGACACGCGGGGCCUCUACCGAAAGAUCGUUACGCCCUUUUUGAGCCGCCGCGACAGCGCCGAGAAACAGGAGCAGCCGCCGCCCAGCUACAAGCCGCUCUUCCUGGACCGGGGCUACACGUCGGCGCUGCACCUGCCCAGCGCGCCGCGACCCGCGCCGCCCUGCCCGGCACUCUGCCUGCAGGCCGACCGCGGCCGCCGGGUCUUUCCCAGCUGGACCGACUCGGAGCUCAGCAGCCGCGAACCUCUGGAGCACGGAGCUUGGCGCCUGCCGGUCUCCAUCCCCUUAUUCGGGAGGACUACAGCCGUAUAGAGGGGCGCCCGGCGUCCCGGCCCCACCCGCGGACUCCUGGCCCGACUGCGGGUCUUUUUAAAUGCUUCCCUUGGACUUGGGGUGGGGGGGAGGGAUUUCUUACCCUGUUUGUUACAUUUUGAGGAUAAUAAAGGUGUGUGAUCUGCUUUGGUACAA